GACGGGUUACUGUGUAACACAGUGCGGAAACAAGCCGUUUAAACAAUUUACUUUGUUGUUUUUUUAAUUAACAGUCGAGCUCAUAAAAAACAAAUAAGCACAUAGCUACAUUACAACCAGUUUUUAAUGUGUUAACGGACACAUUGUGGUGCUCGAUAAUUUUAAAAACGCCAAACCUUGGCUUUUUAUCCACCGUCUGAUCGACCCUGUGCUUCUUUUUUUUUGGAGUUGUACUUCCGCGUACAAUGUUUUUUUCCCCACUGACACACGACAACUUUCGAACAGGAAACAUAUUAGACGCGUCGACUGGCGUUUUCUGUGUAUUUACGGCAGGGUGUGUUUGGGGCUCAGUGCUCUAACCCAGCCAUGAGCAUCAUCGGGGCUGAGGAUGAGGAUUUCGAGAAUGAUCUGACUGAUGUGGUGGAUGACCAGUGCACACAGUUCAACAAUAUAGACCAGUUGAAGGAUCGGCCGACCCACCUGCUGGUCUUCAUGCAACAUGUCAUUCUACAGUUUGACCCUGCUCCCCUGACACCGAGACCCACCCAGCUGUGUUACCUCCAUGCUGACCUCUUUAGGAACCUCAGUGCCAAAGAGACCAAGAAGCAAUUUGUGGAGUUCUACAACACUUUCUUGGACAAGGGUGCAAGUCUCAGAGUGGCAAUACCAACACUUAUAUCUUAUGAAUUGGACCGAACCCGUCCAGAUCUGCUCUCUGAGGAUACCCAAAAGCGUUAUGUUCAUGAGGUUCAGGGCCUGCAGGCUGCUGAAGUGGCCAAACAACUCCAAGAUUUCAGGCAGAAGAGGAUGAUGGGUAUGACACCCAACGAGGCUGAGCUCAUUGACGUGGAGAGCCACUAUCCCACCGACCGCAUCCCGAUGGAGAUGAAGGAGAAGUCUGUAGCUGAGAACCUGCUGGACAAGAUGUCUGAGACACAACCUACAAUUGUCUCGGACGAGGACAAAUGCCAAUCCAUCUUUACAGCGGUGGCCUUCUACAUGAAGCACCUUGGAGUUAAAACCAGGGCAGUUGACAGUAAGAAGUCCAGAGGAGGCUUCUUCAGGAGACAACUGGUAAAGAGUAAGAAGGAUGAAUCCACAAAGGCCAAACCCAGAGGGGUGUUUCCUGGCAUCCCCAGCUGGAUUGCAGGCAACACUGAGGUCAAACCUAAAACGGAGGCUGAAGCGGAAAAGGAGAAAGUGAAUCCAGAGCGUAAGGGUCUAGCUCCCGGCAGAGGCUCCUUGACCGAACCUGCAGCCCCGUCCCUCGCCAGCAAGAAGUCUAUUUCCAGCGGAGGCUCUGCCUCCUUGCCUGGGUUAGAGAUCAGUGAUGGCUCAGGCAACAACAUCAGCACCACCAACAGCCCAGAGUCUUCACACACCGAUAGCCUCUCGAACAAUCGCUUAGAGCCUCCAACCCUGUCAGACGGGGGUGAUGUGUCCCCUGUCGGGCUGGGAGGAGGACUGCCCGUCGGGGAGCCCUUCUCACUCAACGACACUCCCACAGAGGAAAAUCUGGAGAAAGACAGACGGAAGAGAAGUAGGAAAGUGACGCGUAGCGAGAGUGCCCGCGUGGACCGGCACUCCUCUCGGCGCCGUGGCUCAUCCCGGGCCAAACAGUGUCGCUCCCGUAGUGAUGUGGACCUCCAGCCUCCAUCUACCCCGAUAACACCUGCCCCACUCACCCCCCAGCACCUCCAUCCUUUCGAUGGACCAGUUUUAUUUUCUGAAGGAUCUGGCCACUCCCCCCCCAGCCCUUCCCCACAGCUGGAGGAAAUGGAGCCACGCUUCCUGGAGUUUGAGCAGGACCCGCCCAACUGGAGGGAGCAGGCCUCCCAUGAAGGCCUGUCCAGUCUCAGCAAGAAGGAGACCAAGAGGCAGGAGGUCAUCAAUGAGUUGUUUGCAACUGAGCAUGCGCAUGUGCGGAUGCUAAGUGUCCUUCAGAUGAUCUUCUCCAAGCCUUUAGAGAAAAAGGAGCUCCUGACCUCCACUGAGCUGUCCGCCAUCUUCCCAAACCUGGAUGAGAUCAUUGAAAUGCACUAUAAUUUCUACGAGAACCUGAAGAAACUGCGUUUGGAUGACAACUUCAUAGUCAAAUCCAUCAGCACCACAGUGCUCAACAGAUUUGGAGGUACAGAGGGGGAGUGGUUCCAGAAAUUGACAGCCCGUUUCUGCAGUCACCAGACGUGGGCCUUGGAGCAGAUCAAGAGCAGGCAGAAGAGAGAGCAACGCUUCAACACCUUCAUACUGGAGGCAGAGAGUAAGCCCCAGUGCCGCAGGCUGCAGCUCAAGGACAUCAUUCCCAUAGAGAUGCAGAGACUGACCAAAUAUCCGUUGCUGCUGGAGAAUAUUGCCAAAAGUACAGAGGACCCGACAGAGAAGGAGAGGAUCCAGCAGAGCGCAGAGUGCUGCAGAAAGAUCCUCAACCAUGUCAAUGACGAGGUCAAACUAAUGGAGAACCUAUUGAAUCUGAAGGACUACCAGCGUAGAUUGGACACAUCAGGGCUCAAACCCAGUAAUGAGCUUUAUACUGAAUAUAAGAACAUCGACCUGACUCAGAAGAGGAUGCUUUAUGAAGGCCCUCUUACCUGGAGAGUCACAAAGGAGAAGGCAAUUGAGGUGCAGUGUGUGUUGCUUGGGGACCUGCUGGUGCUCCUACAGAGGCAGGACGACAAAAUGGUCCUCAAAUGCCAGAGCAAGAGUAACAUCGCUGUGCAGGAAGGCAAGCAGAUGCUGAGCCCCAUUAUCAAGCUGGACUCAGUCUUCCUACGGGAGGUGGCCACAGAUCGAAAGGCCUUCUAUGUGAUAUUUACCUGGGACAGCGGUGCUCAGAUCUAUGAACUGGUGGCUCAGUCUGUUGGAGAGAGGAAAAUCUGGACUGAUGUGAUAAAAUCAGCAGUGGAUGAUCUGAAGAAGAGUGGAGCACCCAUGAGGUUGACGCUGCCUCCUGGAGGUGGAGGAGCUCCCUUCAGUCCCACCACGCUGACUGCCCCUUUGAGCCCGAAUGAGAAUGGAGGAUUGAAAAGUGAUCGAGAUAAAGACAGCUUGACAGAUGACAAAUCUUCAGACCCCAGGCACAGGCUGAUUGAUUUCCUGUCAGACAAAGGCUUCGAUUUGAUAGGCCACUCCAACAGUGAUCAGGAGAAGGUGGCCAACAGUGCUCUGGAUGAAGUCAUUUCGCUGAAAAGGCUGUUGGUCGGCAGCAUCAGUCUAUCGGAAGACUCGCAGCCUGAUGAAGAAAACGGAGAGGAGCAAUCGGAGAGGCCCAGUCAAGAAAUGGAUAGCUGUCAGUCAACAGAAGAAAGCCAGUCCACAGACAAGGGAGCGGAGGAGGAGAAUGAUAAUCCUUGUGAAAAAGAAGGUGCAGGGACAAAUAGAGAGGAGGAGAGGAGCAUCAGUGCGCCCCUGGUGCUCUCCCAGGAGAGGAUGGAGGAAGUGUGCCGGAGGCUCCACAGUCUGCAGAAACAUCUAAAGAGACUACAGACUGUAGAAGAGGAGCACCACAGGCUGCAGGGGGUCCUUUCCAAGUUCUCACUGGGGGGGGGUAACUUCCAAUAAGACUCCACCACGCCACCUGCUGGCCACUAGAUUUUUACUGGUGCUGGUUUGGAGUCCAAGAGUGACUUUCAGAGGCUUCCCUGGAAAUUCCUAAACUCAUAAGUCAUGCCUGGACCCUUGCUGCAUUAGAUGGCUUUAUGCACAGUGCAGUGGUUCAGUGAUGGAACAUGGGACGUGUGUGCAUGUGUAUGUAUGUCUGUUUGUGUGCGAGGUAUACAAAGAAAAAAACCCAGGACAUCCUACUUUUGAGUGGGAUGUUGUUUUUGCAGAGAGGUGCCAAAAAUUGAAGCAAUAUUUUGCAGUGAGAGAGAUACUGCCUUACAAAAUGUAGUGAUUGCAAUCUGCUGUAACACACAUACGCACACCAUGCACGCUAAAAAACAACUGACAUUAUUGCCAAUAGCAGAUGUAUGGUAAAGGAGAUAUGUUUGCCUGCCAAGUUAGCUAUAACAAGGUAGAAGCCUUAAGGGGCCAAUGUAGCGUUUAAAGAUAUAUUGAGAUACUACUGCUGAUAUAUAACGUUAUUUCUAGUCUAUGCCAAAGUACCACAGAGAUGCACUUUUUUCUAAUCAAAACAAGUUGAACUCACAUUGUUUUUUGCAAGAUUUAUCACAUUUACUCUCUAAUCAGUACAGUUAUUGAACAGUUGGACUUCACGUAGGCAACCCUCAUUAUUGAAAGGAUUGCAUGCAAGAAAGUGUGUGUAUGUGUGUUACAAAGUUUUUAAUUAAGGAUGUGCUUGUUUGGAGGGUUCAUACUUUUACUAGGUCACAUAGAAACAAUUAUAAAUAAUGGCACUAUAGGUAAUCAUGCUGUUAAUAAUGGAGACUUGUUUGUAUUUACUGCUUUUAUUUAUUCCUUUGAGUUCUGUUGGGUCAGUGAGUUGCCUCACCUGAGUGAAACUGCUACAGCACUGGGCUGAGAAGAGAGAGAGCAAUGUUUUAGAGAACAAACAAAACAUGAGAAGGCAAACCUAGAAUGUGUAACAAAGAUCAAGUUAUAGAGAGUGAAGAAGAGAGAUGUAGGGUUGGGGAGUGACUUGAGAGGUUGUUGCUUUGGUUUAUUUGAAGCCAGCUUGAACUAGACAGUCAUGAGAAAAUGUGUAGAAAACAUGAUUAGGAUUUGUGGUCGCUGUACUGAAGAAAAAUGUAGACACACACACAUACACACCUACAAACACUGAGAGCCCAGUGCUACAGAAGUGUUCACAAAGGUCGUUCAGUGCCAGCUUCAUUUCUGCAAUGUCACCAGAUAGGGUUAUAAAUUGUACUAUAUGACAUUAGAUUCACAUGUUAGUAAAAUAUUCUAUUCUUCCCGGGUAGCAAUAUUUGUAUCAAAAUUGAGAUCUAUCUGUGUACUUUAUUCAGCAGUUGAUUGUAAUUAUAAUUAUGAUGAUAUAAUUUCUGAGUAGUGGCAUAACUGUGGCUGUGCACACAGGACCAAAGACAUAACAAAGCACCGUUAGAUCCUCAUACGAGCUGUAAUUUUCUUAAUGACACGCUUCAUCUGUAUAGUAGCAUGUCACUUAAUGCUGAUGCAGGAGUGAUGGCUCAGCAGCACAGCUCCUGCAGUCAGUAGCUGCUUUUCCUCUCUCCAAACUCCAACAUGUGACAACAUAAGUGAAGGGAUUUCAAAAGCACAUAGAAGAAUUAAGCAUUGGUUGUCAAUAGAAAUACCUGUUUUUUGAUUUAAAAAAUGAAAAAAAAAGUAAAUACCGAGACGAAGAUUGACAGACUGCCCUAGCCUUAUGACCAAACCCAAACACAAUCUGUAGAUCUGUGAUUUCUUGCAUACACUUCAGUGACUUCAGAGUCUGUUUGGGUCAAUAAGUGUACGUGUAAAAGCCGAAGUGACUGCCACAAGCUGUACUGUUCUGACCUGGAUAGAGGACUGUUAACACCUCUGGUGCUAAAUUGAACACAUUGGACCUGCUCCAGCAGCAGAAAAAGGACAAGGAAACAAGACCGUGAAACCAGAUGAGGAUACAAAGGAAAAAUUGAGGAAGGAAGACUGCAGUCUCAUUCCAACGUCGCUCUCACCAGUACUGUAAUCGUGAUUACUUCUUGAUAUGCAUUCUUAUUGUUGUUGCCACAACAACAAACGCCCCCUUUGACCCUACUGAACCUCAGUAUGAAAUUAUGCAAAUUAUGGUUCCAUUAGUCAUUCGAGUGUCACAAGUUGCUAAAUUAUAUAAGUUUGUGUUUAAACAUUACUGCCAUCUCUCUUAGAAAUUUUACAUAGGGGUGUAGAGAAAGCAUAAAUUAGCUGCCCUCUUUGUGUUUAUUAAGCUUAUUAGCUACAUACAACUCUUGAUAACACCCUCAAUUUUGAUCAUAUGAUCACCUUUUCCAACUGCAGUUUUACCAUAUGUUGUGUAUUUCAUUUGAUUUACUUAAACGGGUCGGGGAGGUUUUUGUUACAGUUUUUGUUUUAUCAUUGUUUUUCAAACAAGCUUUUGUAAUUAUGUACUAUGCAUUUGGCCAUAACGGUGAGAGAGACAUGACUUGUCUGUAACUUGUCUAUGCAUGAAUGAAUUUAACACUUAUGCAAAUAUUGUACCUGUUUUUUGGUGUGCACGUUCAAGCGUAAACCCACUCUGUACUGUGGCUAUCCAGCUAACCAAUGGGAUACAUUCAGAUCAUCUCAACCAGGGAUUUUUAACUGUCGAACUGCAGUGGUCAGCAGGUGAAACCCAGUUAACACCAGCUUACAGUGAUGCCUUCACUCUCUGGCUGAACGACUACUACAGGCACUUCUCACUCUCUCUCCUCCAGAUGCUUUUCCUCAUGCAUUCUAUAUACAAAUACCUAGAUGUGUAGAAAAUGUAUUUAUAGAGUGGUGCCUUGUUCUGAUGAUCAAGUUGUUUUCUUCAUAAAGGGCUCUAAAGUCUGCAAACACAAUCACUGUUUUGGUUGGGCUGUCUUUCAUGGAGGACUGAAAUUGACCUUUGAGGGUGAGAGACAAUGACCCAAUCACUAAUAAGCAUUGAGAAAUCAUCCCAGGAUUCUGUUUUUAGCAAUAGGAUUUGAGCCCUCCACCAACUCAGCCUAGUGCCCUGUAUAGAAAAGACACUGCUCCUUGUCACACAUCUGCCAUCUUGUCUAUCUAUAAACAACAAAUAUGCAAGAACUAUACUGUGUAUUUGGCUUUUGAUUUUUAUUGUGUAAAAGGCUCUUUAAUGACGUAUACUUCAGGAAAAUUGUGGUACGUUCUGUUUUUUAAUUCUUCAUUUUUUAAAUAAAUUGGGGAAAUAAA